AUGGAUGGGGAAUCAGUGAAGAAUCGCAAGAGAUGGCUCCACAUCUUCGUUUAUUCGUUCCUUGUUCUCUCCUGCCAAGCAGCAGCUACAAUUCUCGCUUUCUUCUCAUACUUCCUCAACUCCCAAAAGUUCACUCCUUUCAUACUGAACUCUCUGUUUCUCCUCACCAUUUCAUCUAUCUUCCUUGUGUUCAACAAUGAAUCACAAACCACAACAGAAGUCUCUAAAAGCAAAUACGCAAUAGGCUUCCUAUGUACAGUAGCUUCUUCUGCUGGCUCUGGACUGCUGCUAUCUCUCAUGCAGCUCAUACUCCGCAAAGUUCUAAAGAAGAACACGUUUUCAGUAGUCACGGACAUGGUUUUUCUACCAGUCUCUGGUGGCAUGUGUGCUUCUGUGACUCUGGCUUUCACAGCUCUUACCUGGCAAGUCUACACAAUUGGUGUUGUGGGUUUGGUUUUUGAGUCGUCUUCUGUGUUCACCAAUGCUAUAACCGCCGUGGGACUGCCUAUUGUUCCGAUACUAGCGGUGGUUGUGUUCCGUGAUCAAAUGGACGGCACAAAAGUCAUCUCCAUCGUUUUGGCUGUAUGGGGCUUCGUCUCAUUUGCUUAUCAGCAUUACCUCGAUGACAAAAAGUUAAAAAACCUUGAGGCUGUUCCUGUUUCAUCACUAGCAAAAGGCAUAGAGAUGGAUGUGAUUCACAAUAACCUAUGA